AAAAUUUGAUGCGGUCAAUGCUGUCCAUUGUGACUUUUAUAUAUUUAUUUCUCUAUUAAAAAUAGUGUUUCCCUGUUAGGACCCCGUAGUUAUUUUAGGUCACGUGGACAGAGUUGUCCAAUUGUAGCACUUCAUCCCACUGAGCGACAGCGGAACCGAACAAUAAUAUAAACAAGCUUAUUAGAGCGAAAACUGUUUACCAAAUAAUCUAGCUGAGAGAGUCAAGCUGUGCCAGUUCGCCAGAGUAAAUUAAAAAGUUGACUUUUUGAAAACCACUGGGGCUGUUUGUUAGGGCUAACGAUAUUUACGCGAUGGUUAGCGUUAUCUUGCUUGCUAAAUUUGGUUGAAAAAGAGGUUUAUAAUGUAACCCAAUGUUAGCUGAACACGUCUUGUUAUUCCAUUUUUAUUGUUAACGUGCCAUGCAUGAUGCAUGGGCAAUUAUGCAAUCUGUGUUCAUUGUAAAUGGUCGCAAGUCUCCUUGCUUGGCAGCUUGUAAAUGUAAUUUAACACAUGAAUAGUUGGUUGCCAGUGUAAGGUUAAUUGUCUAAGUAUGCUAGGAUGUUCAAAAAUGUGUUCGGGUCAGGAUUUCUUGUUAGGACUGCACACGUUAUUCUGACAUGGGUGAUAACGUUGAUUCUAUUUCUGCACGACACCGACCUGAGAAAGCAAGAGGAGACCGGGGAGCUCGUCAAACCGGUGCUUUUCGUACUGCUGGUUCUGGUGUCGGUGCUUCUCUAUUUUGCUGUGUCGCUGAUGGAUCCAGGCUUCGUUCUCUCUGACGACAGCGACGUCCAGUUUACCCUGGGCGUCACAGAAGAGCAACAAGACAUGAUCCCCCACACACCAAAGUCUUUAAGGCUCCGUCGUUGUGGUCAUUGCUUAUUGCAGCAGCCAAUGAGGUCCAAGCACUGCCAGACAUGCCAGCACUGUGUACGGCGCUAUGAUCACCACUGCCCGUGGAUUGAGAACUGCGUGGGUGAGAGGAACCACCGUUGGUUUGUGCUCUACCUGGCCAUUCAACUCCUCGUCCUGCUGUGGGGGUUUCACAUGGCCUGGUCUGGCUUCGCCUACGCCUCCACCUGGCAGCUGUGGCUCCGGACCAACAGUGUCCUGCUGGGGGCGGCUGCCCUGGUAGCGGUGCUCUCCCUGACCGUGCUGCUGUUGCUGGGCUCGCAUCUCUACUUGGUGUCCCUCAACACCACCACCUGGGAGUUCAUGUCGCGCCAUCGCAUCUCCUACCUCAAGCACUGCGGUGCCGACGAGAACCCCUUCGACCGCGGCACGCUGCGCAACCUCUGGGGCUUCUUCUGUGUGUGGGGGACGGUGGUGUGGGAGAAGGUGUACUUCCGAGAGGACAACGAUCCCAUCUGAAGGGAGAUGUCUCGCGGUAAUAAGUAAAAUCCAGACUUCUGAGGAAAGCAAAGGCGUCUGUCCAGAUUUCUUCUUCUUUCCUAAAACAUUUUUCGGCUUGUGGAAGACGUUCUGUCUUUAAACAGUUUGAGAAGAAAUUGCUGGAGCCCAGGGAUCAAUUAAGCAAACACACAAAGGAGAAAAUUAGUACAAAUGAUGGUGUUGUUUGUUGUGCACUUUGCAAAAUCCAAAAAGCUGCUGCUUUUGAUGGAUUCAGAUUUCUUGUAACGAUGGGUAGGGUUGGAAAAGGCAGGAAAUAGCUGUCAAAAAUGACUUAUUUGGCACGUCUCUGUAUGCUACAGAUAAUUACUGCCAUGAGCACAGAUACAGAACCAUAUUAAUCCAGCACACACUUUUAACAGUUUGGCUGUGUGAACAAGGUCUUUUCUGGUCGUUUCAGAAUUGGCUGAUAACCGUUAUAGUUUACCUGUAAAAUGUGAAGUGGUUGAAAACUAGUUACCAUAAUAUAAGCUUAAAGCUGCCUUGCUAGGAUGAACAGGGUCUUGAUAGAAUCACAGCCAGCAAAUGGCAAGUCAGCUGUCAAACUGUACAUUUUAUCUGAACAGAAAAGACUGAAACGUUUUCUAUAAUUCACAAGCCAUUACUUACAUUCCUACAUCUUUGAAAACAUUUUACAGUAAUGUAUUUUUUCAUCAGAAAUUGUGUACGGUUGUGAGUUCCUCAAUCUUACUUGUUGUGAGACCAAGACAAAGAAAAUCAAUCUGUACCAAAUCAGCUGAAACCCCACAUAAACAGAACAAAUUCACUUUAGAUAUUUAUGCAUAUCUGUGUUCCGUAAACUCUUCCAGUUUCUCUCGCAAGCAUGAGGCCACUUAUACCAGCCUAGUAUGGAGUGCAUGUAGAUUAGAAAUCUGAGACUUUGUGGAGAAGAACAGAAAUGCAGUCUGUGGUGUGUUUUUUCCUUCAUAUUAGACAGUUGAAGUUCCCUUCUGUGCAAUAUAUCAGUCAUUGAGAUUUGAGUGAAAGCAAUAAUUGCAAUGUUUCUUAUCCUGUUUUGCUGUUUGAGUAACUUUGAUAGAUUUUGCACAGUGUUUUGCAUCAUUGAUAUUUGUGUUUGCUAUCUAGUUCAGUUUGUCUUUAUGCAAUAUUUCAUGGUGGUGCAAUAUUUUACUUUUUUAAAACAAAAUUUCAGUAUUAAUAAACUGAACAUUAUUAGUCAA